GAAUAGUUCUACACUCCCACGGCUCUCCCUCCCAAUCCCAUACAUCCAAGAAAAUCUUCCUUUUCGCGACCGACAGCUUCUGGGUUGUUUUCAUCUUAGCAAGAGCCUUUACAUAAGCAUCUGGCUUUCCAGUCGUAGCCGCCCUGCGCAGUUAUCUGAGGGAGGGAGAUGGAGGCGAGCAGUAGCAAAGCGACCGUGAUGGGCCGGCUGCAGGCGGCGAAGCACAAAUCCGGCAAGUCCUUCAAUCAGAUAGCGCAGGAGACCGGCCUCACCAACGUCUACGUGGCUCAGCUGCUGAGACGACAGGCCCAGCUGAAGCCCGACACCGCCCCGAAGAUCCGGACCGCCCUGCCUGACCUGCCCGAGGACCUCGUCCAGGAGAUGCUGAAGCCCCCCAUGAGGUCCUACGACCCCAAAUUGAUCCAAGAACCUACUAUUUACAGGUUGAAUGAAGCAGUGAUGCAUUUUGGAGAAAGCAUCAAGGAAAUUAUAAAUGAAGAGUUUGGUGAUGGCAUAAUGUCAGCCAUUGAUUUCUACUGCUCAGUUGACAAAGUCAAAGGUGUGGAUGGGAAGGACCGUGCUGUUGUGACAUUUGACGGGAAGUAUCUGCCUUACACUGAACAGAAAGUGGAGCAUAUGGUUUCCAAACUAAACUUGCAUGAAGAAAAAUGAAUAUGUGAGCACCGAAUCUGGCUGAUGUGAAGCUCUUUAAGGAAAAAUGAAGGUUUUCAUGUCUACAUGGUUGGGAAUUGCCCUUUGGCUUUGUUGUUUAUGUAAUCAUAUGCUCUAUCAAUGUUGUGCUGUGCAUUUAAGCUGCAAUAAAAGUAAAACAUUUUGAUUGGAUGACACCCUUUAGCUGAUACAUAUGGAAUCAGUGGAUUGAUCCUUGAGGCGAUUUUUUCGUGGCAUU